CUGUACGAGAGUUUUGUGUCGUCGAGAGAUCCCGAGUCAGUGGCCAGAGAGGAGACGUUCCGCGAGAAGCGAAGGGACGGCAAAGCGAAUUACGUGAAUAGAGAUACCCCACAGACCGGUAACACUAUUUAUGUCCACGGAUUCGGUGUCAAUGAACCCAUUCUGAGGACUGGUUUCUCCAUUUUUGGCAAUAUUCUCAACAUUACGUCCGAAACGGACAAAAAUUGCGGUUUCGUAACAUUUGACUCAAUCGAAAGCGCCAACAAAGCGAUUGAUGAGAUGAACCAGAAGUCAGUGAAUGGCAUCAAACUGAAGGUAAUGCUCGCCCGAAGGCAACCGGUGGUCGUCGACAAGAGUAAAGCCGAAACAAGCGGUGAUUCGGUUCCGCAUUCCUCCGCACCCGAUGUCUGGUCUUCAAUCGCCGCCAGUUAUUCACAGAAGAGUGCCGUUAAAGACAAACGAAAUCUUAUUAGUUAUGAAGAGACCGAUAUAUUCGCGUCCAUGUGAUCGCCAUUUCAAUGAUAUUUAUGUUUGAAAUCAUUUCAUUUGCAUUAUUUAUACAAUUUAUGUAAUUUUUAUAUAAAUAAAUAAUUAAAACAAAUUAAAACUUACAAUUUUUGUUAAUUAUUGUUCAAAUCAUUGUCUAAGACUUAGCUAAUUAUCAUCAUAUCUACCAUUAAUAUAAAAUGAGAGUUUAAAUUUCAU